UGGCCUCGCCGUUUCCUUAGCUGUAUGUAUGUACAUACCUUUCUCCUUCUCUCGUCUCCUGUAUCUUCUCGGCCCAAAUCCGACGCUACUCUUCGUCUCCCUCUCUCGCUCCCUCGCUCCCUCGCUCCUCUCAGUAGAAAUCUGGAAUUUCACGCCUUAAAUUUCCCAUCUUAGCUUGCAGGUAGCAGAUUACUAUUGUGUUGGCAAUAUAGAAACAAGUAGCCAGCAAAAUAUUGUCUGAAAUUGGAUGAAAUUGCAAUAGCAUGUCUGCUCUGAUUGAAGGUCUUCCCGACGCCGUUGCUCUCCGGUGUCUUGCUCGUGUUCCUUUCUAUCUUUAUACGCGGUUGGAGCUUGUUUCUCGUUCCUGGCGCGCUGCUGUUCGUAGUCCUGAGCUGUUUAAAGCCCGAAAAGAAGUUGGUUCCUCAGAGGAUCUGUUAUGUGUCUGUGCUUUUGACCCUGAGAAUUUGUGGCAACUUUAUGAUCCUCUCCGAGACCUUUGGAUUACUCUUCCUGUUCUCCCCUCAAAAAUCAGGCACCUUGCCCACUUUGGCUGUGUCUGCACUGAAGGGAAGCUGUUUGUGAUUGGUGGUGGCAGUGAUGCUGUUGACCCAUUGACAGGUGACCAAGAUGGGAGCUUUGCAACAAAUGAGGUCUGGUCAUAUGACCCUAUUAUUCGACAGUGGACACCACGUGCAUCCAUGCUUGUGCCCCGUGCUAUGUUUGCAUGCUGUGUUUUGAAUGAAAGAUGUUGUUGCAGUGUUUCACCAGCUGCCGAAAUCAUUUCUCAGCAGAAAUAUCAGGAAGGGGAAGCAAGGAAGAUGGGUUCAGCCUCCGAGUUCCGAAGGAGAAUCGGUUUUGCAAUGACUGGACUUGGCGAUGAGAUUUACGUGAUCGGCGGAGUGAUUGGCCCUGAUAGGUGGAACUGGGAUAUCAAGCCAAUGUCUGAUGUUGAAGCGUUAACGGUGGGCAGCGAGAGGCACACUUGGCGCCAGGUAGCUCCGAUGACACGAUGCCGCGGAACAAUUCUUGGGUGUACCCAGCUGAGAAUUUAGAUCUCGAUUGGUGUCAGUUGUUAGUUUUGUGGUGAAAAUUGUGCUCUUUUCUCAGCAUCGAACUAGGAGAUGAGGAAUGAUCUCUCUCUCUUUUUUUUUUUUUUUUUUUGUUUAGUUGGCUGCCUUGUGUGUAAGUGAUAAUAUGUGGCCUUGUGUUUUGUUUUGGGAUUGAGGGAAAGUAGUCCUUUUAACAAUCGACAAGCGUAGCCCUUCGAAACUAAA